UAGUUUCAAACUGCGACACCUGUUCUGAAGCCCUUCGAGAUGGCGAUCCCACUUCCUCAGGUUCACUCUGUUGUGGACUGUGCCUCUUUCAACCGCACCGUGCUGCCCUUCCUGUCGCAGUUGACAACGCUUCCUGCGCAGCUGCAAGUGGCCGCCGCAACGAAAGAUGUGGACGCUCUGAAGGAUAUAUAUCUGUCGACAAACCCAUUCAUCUCCGCGCUGGUGUUCACUUUGGUUUUGUGGGUGCUCUUCAUCGUGGCUGCGGAAUUCAACCGCAACUACUCGCAAGUUGAUCGGUUUUGGAGUAUCCUGCCGUCUGUGUAUAAUGUGCACUUUGUCGCUUGGGCGCGCAUGUGGGGCAUUAAGAAUCAGAGCCUGGAUACGAUCGCACUCAUCACAUUGCUCUGGAGUAUCCGCUUGACCUUCAACUACUGGCGCAAGGGAGGUUAUCAGAUUGGUUCUGAGGACUACCGCUGGGAUAUUGUCAAGUCCCAGAUCAACAACCGGUUCCUGCUCUUCCUGCUCAACGUCACCUUCGUCAGCUUCAUUCAGCCAAUGCUCCUUCUCCUUGUGACGGCGCCUACCUACAACUUCAUUCUCCUCUCGCGCCUCCCUGGAGUUGAACCGUUCGGCCUCCCCGACCUUAUUUUCUCCCGCCUUGCAUUCUUCUUCCUCAUCAUCGAAUACUUCGCCGACCAGCAGCAAUGGAACUUCCAAAACGCAAAGAAGGAGUACCAGAAGACAGCUCGCAUCCCCGACCAGUACAAAGGCCAAUUCACUCCCGAGGACCUGGAGCGCGGCUUCGUCGUUAGCGGUCUCUGGUCACUGUCCCGUCACCCGAAUUUUGUCGCCGAGCAAGCAAUCUGGCUCACUCUGUACCUCUGGAACUGCUACCGCACCGACAGCUACAUUCAGUGGACUGGACUGGGUGUUUUGGGCUACAUGCUCAUUUUCCAGUCAAGCACCCGGCUCACCGAGUCGAUCAGUGCAGGCAAGUACCCUGAAUACAGCGAGUACCAGGCGCGUGUGGGACGCUUCAUUCCUCGCUUUUCUGUCAAGCCCAAGUACAAUGGCAGCAAGAAGAAGAAAGCCCCUCGGUCCGAGACUGAGUCGGCAGGCGCUGGUGGUCAGUCUACGCAGGACGGCAAGAAAAGUCAGUGAUGGGAGAGGGUUGGGGUUCCGAUGCAGGAUUUCUGUCGAUUUAUUUUCUUCACUUUUAAUUUCUGGGACACUGGGGAACUGGAAUUUCUUGAUAUAUAUAUUGUCAUGUUUGAGUGAAAUUUCAGGUCGGAGUAUUCGAUCCGCUAUAUCAAGGUUUGAUUAGUUACGCUACCAGGCAAACACAAGGCUGCUACUCUCAGAGUUCAAAGGAAUAUGAGAAAUCCGAGUCACAUAGCGUCCUAAUUGUGUCAAAUUGAUACUCCACCACCCAGGCCUAGAUGGUUACAUAUUAUACAGGAGUACACUAGAUAAGUCUAAAAUCAGAGUUG